AUGAAUAUAUUCAGAUUUUUUGGUGAUAUGCUUCACCUAUUGAGCAUAUUUCUUUUAUUAGUAAAGUUAAGGAAAAGCAAAAGUUGCUUGGGAAUAUCUUGUAGAAUGCAGGAAAUAUACUUAAUUGUAUUUUGUAGCCGUUAUAUAGACUUAUUAUGGAGUUUUGUAUCAGUAUACAAUAGUUUAAUGAAGGUUAUUUUUAUAGGAAGUACAAGCUAUUGUAUAUAUUUAAUGAGAUAUCAAAUCCCAAUAAGUAGAACAUAUGAUAAAAGUGCAGACAAUUUCUCAUAUCAAAAAUAUUUGUUAUUACCAGCCUUAUUACUUGGUAUUAUUACUUCAGAUAAAUGGAUAUUUUCUGAAAUAUUGUGGGGUUUUUCUAUAUGGCUCGAAUCUGUUGCUAUAUUACCACAAUUAAUAUUAUUACAAAAAAUGAGAGAAGUUGAAAAUUUAACGUCAAAUUAUGUAGUAACUAUGGGUUUAUAUAGACUUUUCUAUAUCUUUAAUUGGAUAUAUAGAUUCUACAUUCAACACUAUGUAAAUUGGGUUGGAUGGAUAGGAGGAGUUAUUCAGACGGCAAUCUAUGUUGACUUCUUCUAUUAUUAUGCAAUGAGUAAAUGGUAUGGUCAAAAAUUAAUAUUACCUUAUGCAGUUGAGGUAUAA